AUAUGGAUACUGUAGAACAACCUGCCGAAAGUGAUAUUUUAUUAGGAAAUGAUAAAAUUGAGGAAAUAAUUGCUAAAUUACUAGAUGAAAGUUCAUAUGCUCCAAAGACAGCUCAAGCCACAAUAACAUAUCUACAACUAAUUGACGAACCUGCUGCUACAGAAGAAAUACUCGAUGAUGAGGGGAUCAUCUCUAUGGUUCAAGCUGAUGAAAAUGAAGAAUCGGUCAGACAAGAAAUUAAAGAUGAAGAUGAAGUACCUGAUCCACCUGUAACAGCUGCUGAAGUAUUUAAUGCAAUGCAAACUGUUAUUCGCUAUGAAGAACAGGAAAAUUCAGAGUCGAAUCUCUCCCUCGAAGAACUAGAAUUUUUAAGAAAUCUGCUUAAAGAAUAUAAACGUGUAUAUGAAAAAUCAAAAAAACAACAAAAAAUUACUAGUUUUUUUAAUUUUCAAAGUUCACAUCCUUAUGAUUCACAACUUCAAGAUACAUACUCCAAAGAUUUAUAUUUCCAAGAUUCUUAUUCCCAAGACCUUUAUCUUCAAGAUUCAUAUUCCCAAGACCUCUAUCUUCAAGAUUCAUAUUCCCAAGACUCUUAUUCCCAAGAUUCAUAUUCCCAAAACCUCUAUUCCCAAGAAUCAGUUUCCCAAGAAUCAGUUUCGCAAGAAUCAGAUUCUCAAGAAUUAUACCCACAAGAUUCAUAUUC